UUGUUUCUCACACCCAUCUCUUCUGUAUAAAUACUGAAUCUGAAAAACAUCUGCAUUAAAGCAAGGUGAAGUUACUCGUCAGCUUGUCAUCUAAGAGUUUCUGCACACAUAAGAGCUUUGUUUGUCUCGAGAUGAUAAAGUUAGCCCUGCUGAUAUGUUUUGCUGGUCUCUUUCUACAAUGUGAAGCUCAGAAUGGUUGGCUUACAUGUCUUGCUAAUCCUUCCUUCAGACCGGCAGAAAAUGCUGACAUUUCAGUGACGUGUGGAACCGAUUAUAUGUACCUAAAAGUUCUGCUGUGUCCAAUGUACUUUGGGGGAUACAAUGAAUCUCUAAUGGCCCUCAAUGGAAAGUUCAACAUCCCUUCCUGCCUCGGAGUAGCAGACUGGUCAGCAAAUCCUCCUGUUUUAAAUUUCAACUUUUCAAUCUCUCAGGAGUCACUGAAUCUCUGCGGCAACAAUAUGAAUAUCACAAGUCAGAUGGGUACUGGAAUAUUUUCAGACUUCUCCCAAGUCCAGUCUGUUAAUAUCUCUGGAUUAAUCAAUUCCUGGGAUCCCAGCACCAGCUCCAUCACUUACAGGCAACAACUCAUGUACCAGUUCUCAUGCAUGUAUCCACUGCAGUAUGUAGUGAACAACACCCAGCUCAGUGUGUCAGGAGUAAGUCUUGCUAUUAAGGACAACAAUGGUACCUUUGUCAGUACUUUAAGCAUGAAUCUGUUCAGUAAUGUCAACUACACUAGUAAACUCCAGGUACCAGUAAGCGGACUGCAGUUGAAAACUCGAAUAUACGUCCAGGUCAAGGCAACAAAUCUCACAAAUAAGUUCAAUGUGCUACUGGACCGAUGCUACGCCACAACAAGCCCGUAUCCAACCAGCAGCUCCUCCUAUGAUCUUUUUGUUGGGUGUACUCGUGAUCCUCAGACAAAGAUCGACUGGAACGGGAUAGCUCAGGAAGCUCAUUUCUCCUUUGAGGCCUUCCGCUUUGUGGAACAUAAGAACCUGAGUGUCUCUACUUUCUAUCUGCAUUGUAUUACACGUCUGUGUGAGAACUCCACUUGCGCCUCCUUGAUUCCGAAAUGUCUAAGAAAGAGAGAAAUACAACAGCCAGUUAACGCGAGUGAAGCCGCUACAAUUUCCUCUGGACCAAUCAUGACCAGAUCUGAAAACAGUGGCCCUUUGACCGCUUAUGAGGAAUCAGGUUCCUUCCGUCAUGAAAUGACCUUUGUUGGCGUAGUUACUGGCCUGUUCAGCUUUUAUCUACUCGAUUGGUUGUCUCCGUGGUAAUCAAAUCUACAUCAGGAUGCGGACAUCCCCUUCCACUUGAUGUUAAAGCAACAUGGCUUCGCUUUCUUAUGUUGUGAGAAUGUAGUCAAGUAUGAUAAAUGUAUAACCAGUAAGCCAGUUACAGCUCUGUUCUUUCAAUUUAACCCAGUAGGUAAGAAGCAUCUCGUUCUAUGAGCAUAGAAAGUGAAAAAGAAACGUUUACAAUGUAGUAAGAUAUGCACGAAAGCAACUUUUGCAACUGUUCUUUUUUAAAAAAAUAUGAUGCUUGUAAUAUUGUUUUUUUUUUGGAAAUAUAUGUAAACCUAAAUAAAAGUUGUUGUUAGAAAUCA